AUGUAUAACUACGUAGUUACUGCUCAUAAAUCGAGCAGUGUUAUUGAUUCUGUUAAAGGAAAAUUUUGCACUACUGGUGAAAUUAAUUUAUUUGUCAACAAAAUAACACACAUAGAAAUUUAUACACUUAUUCCGGGAGGCUUAAAGUUAUUACAAGAUGUUCCAAUAUAUGGUAGAAUUGCUUGUAUGGGAAUAUAUAGACCUGCUCGUUGCGAUACAGAUUUAUUAUUUGUCACCACUGAAAACCUAGAUUACUUUGUAUUAUCUUAUGAUCAAACAACCCAGAAGGUUAAAACUGAAUGUUAUGGUAAUUUCAACGCCAAGAAGUCUAAGCGUCCAUCAGAACCAGGCCAACUUUUGGCUAUUGAUGAAAAAUCACGAAUAAUUGCAGUUCAAUCAUGCGAAGGUACUCUUAAUGUGUUCCCAAUAAUGAAUGAUGGCCAUAAAGGCAGAGUAUCGACAGGUUCAAAAGAAAAAAAUACAUCACAUGGCUAUCUUUCGAAAUUUUUCAAUAUAAGAUUAGAGGAAUUGAAGAUCCGUUCUAUGAUACUUUUAUACGAAAUGGACACGCCUACGCUGGCCAUAUUAUAUGAAGAUUCUCAUAAAAUAACUCAAAUUAAAACCUAUUACAUAGCUGUUAAAGAAAAAAAAAUUACAGAUGCACCAUGGUCACUCAAAAAUGUUGACCCUUCUGCAAAUCACAUGAUAGCAAUUUUAUAUUAUAAAGAUCUUAUAAAUAAUUCCAGUACAAUAUUAUUCAAAUACUCGAUCAGUCAUAAUGGGAUUUCUAGAAUUGAUGAUGACGGUACAAGAUAUUUGAUAGGAGAUGGUUGCGGUACAUUACACUUGCUUGUUUUACCAGAUUCUGAAAAAAUUUAUUAUUAUGAUAUAGGAAAGAUCUCUGAACCAACUUCCAUUACUUAUCUUGAUGAAGGCUAUGCUUUUAUUGGUUCUCAUUUUGGUGAUUCUCAACUUGUCAAAUUACGCAAGGAAUACAAUUCAUCAAAUGAAUUAAUGGAUUUAUUAGAAAAUUAUGUGAAUUUGGCACCAUUACAUGAUUUUUGCGUAAUAAAUUUAGAAAGACAAGGAUUGGGUCAACUAAUCACUUGCUCAGGUGGUAAUGAGGAUGGCACUUUGCGAAUAAUUAGAAAUGGAAUAGGUGUUACUGAACAAGCAUCAAUGAAUAUUUUAGGAAUUAAUGGCGUAUGGUCAUUACGUCCUACAUUUGAUUCUUCUCAUGAUGAUACAAUAGUCAUAUCUUUAGCCACCGAAACUCGUAUUUUAAAAUUAAAUCAAGGAGAAGAAUUAAUGGAGUUAGAAGAAUACUCGGGUUUUAAUUUGUCCAAAACAACAAAAUCUGUCAAAAACGUUAUUGGAAAUAGAAUUGUACAGAUAACAGAAACAAAUAUUGCACUUUUUGUUAUCGAAACUGGAGAACUAUUGUCUGAAUGGCUCACAGAAAAUGGAAAAACCAUUACUGUGGCUGAUGUAAAUACUAUACAAAUUGUUAUUGGGCUCUCUGGUGGUACUAUAAUAUACUUUGAAAUAAAAAAUGAUAAAUUAAUGCUAAUCAAGAAAUUGGAAUUAGACUCUGAUAUUUCAUGUUUAAGUAUUAAUCCGUUAGAGGAUCCAACCUCCUCAUCAAUUGUAGCGGUUGGGUUAUGGAAAGUCAUUGGAAUAAAAAUUUUAAAACUGCCUACUUUAGAUAUAAUAUCGGAUGAAAAGUUUGAUGGAACUUCUAUUACUCGCUCUGUUCUAUUAACAAAUUUUGAAAAUAAUCAUUAUGUUCUUGCAGCCUCGGGUGAUGGACAACUAUAUCAUUUUCUAUUGAAUCCUACUACUGGGGAAUUGUCAGAAAAAAAGCAUCUUUCAUUAGGUACUCAGCCUAUCAUUUUAAUUCCGUUUAUUUCUAAUGGAAAGAAUCAUGUUUUUGCUGCAUCAGAUAGACCCACUAUCAUUUACAGCGACAAUAACAAAUUGCUAUAUUCCAGCGUUAACACAAAGGAUGUUACAUAUAUGUGUCCAUUCAGACCAGACAGCGAAUCUACAUCCUUAGUUAUAACGCAUGAAGAUGGUUUAACCAUUGGUACUAUUGAUGAAAUUCAAAAACUUCAUAUUAGAACAAUUUCAUUGAAUGAAAUGCCUCGACGCAUUGCGCAUCAAGAGAGUACUAACACUAUUGGACUUUUGACUGCUAAGACAACUACUCGUUUUUUUACCGGUGAAAAAACCACAGAACCAUAUUUCAAAAUCAUGGAUGAUCAAACAUUAGAGAUUAGUGAUACAUUCAAACUAAGAGAUGAUGAGCUUGUCCACUAUUUAUCAACUGGGAAAUUGGACAUGAAAGAAAGUUCCCCAGAAUUUUAUUUCGUGGGAACAACUUUAUUAUCAGGUGAUGGUGAUAACAAUAAUGAUGGAAGAUUACUUAUAUUUCAAGUUGAAGGAGAGGACAAUAAUCGUAAAAUAAGAUUAUUUUAUGAAAAAGUCAUGAAAGGUUCGGUGUUUUGUUGUAUACCAUUUAAUGGGAAAUUAUUGGUUAGCGUUAAUUCAAAGGUAUCACUAUUUAAUUUGCAAGAAGAUAAUAGUGGAAGGUCAAAUAUAAUACCAAUGUGUAGCUAUUCUUGUUUAACACUAGCCUUAUAUGUUGUCACAAGAGGACAUUUUAUCUUGGUGGCAGAUUUAUUUCGUUCGAUUACUGUUUUGAUGUAUAAAGAGUUAAACAAAGACAACAAAAAACUCGAACUUAUAGCCAGAGAUCUUAAUGCAAAAUGGUUAACAGCGGUCGAAACACUUGAUGAUGAUGAUUAUCUUGCAUGCGAUUCAAAUGGAAACAUGUUUAUACUUGAAAGGAAUUCUGAUGAAGCGGAAGAUUCGGCUAGAGACAAACUACACCAAUCAGGCCUAUAUCAUUUAGGCGAUUCGAUAAAUAAAUUAAGACAUGGUUCGUUGGCAAUUAACCGUCCAGAUUCAGAUUUGACUGUUGAUACUGAUGUAUUAUUUUGCACUGUGUCUGGUUCCCUUGGUGUUGUGUCUAGGUUAACAGAAGAAAAAUUCAAUUAUUUAAAAAAGUUAGAAAAAGCUUUAGAAAGCUAUACAAGUUCAAUUGGCGGUCUAUCAAAUGAAGCUUGGAGGGCCUUUCGAUCUAUCGAUGGUAAGAUGCAAGAAAGUCGUAAUUUUAUUGAUGGCGAUUUUAUUGAAUCAAUUUUGGAUCUUUCUCAUAAACAACAAGCGGAAAUUGCUGCAAUAUGUGAAGUUAAACAUGAUGAGAUGAUCAAAAUUGUAGAAGAAUUGACUAGACUUCAUUAA